GUGAACAGGGUGUUAUAACCGUUGAAUCAUCUCCAGAGAAGUGACCAAAUACAGCCCUAGACUUAACCACUAACCAUUAAAAGGCCUAGCGACCCGUUGUGUUGUCAAUACCCCAGGCCUGUUGUAUCACCUCAACGUAGAUCUUAUCUUCUGCACCGUUCGCCUCCGUAUAUGAAUGACCCAGCCAGUCAGGCAUGUCCGAGCAUCCUCGACGGGUAUAGACGCGUGGAGCUUCCGGAUCUGUCCAACACCCGUACUCAUCCACAAAGUGGAAUCCGGGAGACCGUCGUACCUCUUGAUACUUCAUCCUUUCCCCAAGGUGCCAACCUUGACGCAUUUGCACUGGUGGCCUAUGCGUAUAUCCUUGGGUUGUACUGCGGUGUCACGGAUGUUCUCGUCGGGUUGUUCACGCCUCCAGAUCCGAACGUAUUCCCGUUUCGCCUACGAUGGGACGAUCAAAUAACGUGGGCUACUGCGAUCCGCUUGGCACUUGCUGCAGUUGAUGGUAACCAUGAUCUGCAUAUUCCCCCGCAUUUACUACAACAGACUAUGGAAUUUAAAGAAGGAGAAAGUCCAUUUAUUGCCUUUUUUUCCAGGUCAUACGAUGAAAAUCAGCAAACGGUAACGAAGACACCUCUCUUAUUCUGUCAGUUAAAAGAAGGCCAGUUGUCGUUGUUGUACGCCUAUGAUCGCAUGCACGAUUCGGUAGCGACAACUUUGCUUCGUCAAGUAGUGUCUCUAAUGGUUCAAGCUGCCACUGCCGAGACGAGGCACAUGGCAGUGCCUUUCACUUUGACAGGCAACCUCUCUUCGACUUUGGAGGCCCUCCCACCAGAGUCCAAGGCUUCUUAUUAUUCCCACAUACCGCCGGUUCGCAUUGUGACGGACGUGAUUCUCCCGCAUGUCAAUUCUACUCCUAGUGCUACUGCUGUGUGCUGGUAUCCUCGAUUGGGUCGGCCUGGGGGAAACGUUCCAGACUGCCAGCCUCUGACUUAUAGGGAUCUUCACCGCGGUGGGAAUCGCUUCGCACGUUUCCUCCUACAACUGGGUCUUUCGCCAGAGGACAGGGUGGCGGUUUGUAUGAACCGUAACCCGAUGUUUCAUGUUGUGUUGUUUGGCAUUCUACGUGCUGGCGGCUGUUACGUUCCUAUCGACCCAGAACUGCCAAGGGAACGAGGACUCUAUAUUGCUCAAGACUCGGGCGCUAAAUUCGCGAUCGUCUCAUCAACCCUGGCCGGUGCCUUCGGUGAUGUUAAGUCUGUCGACGUCGAUAGCCCAUCGGUUCAAGAGAUUCUUCUCGGCAUAAGUGACGCGGACGUGGAUCCACCCUCUGCCCAUAACCUUUCUUAUAUGUUGUAUACCUCAGGAACAACGGGUAAUCCAAAGGGCUGUCUAUUGACCCACGAGGGACUUUCGGAAGCGAUCCUCGCCCUGAGCUUUUUCGCCGCUGACGUGCGGAUGGAAGACAUUCGAAAUGGAAGAUACCUUGCUGUCGCUUCUGUGGCUUUCGAUGUUCACCUUGCCGAGAUCUUCAUACCUCUGUCACUGGGCAUGACCAUAGUUGGCGCUCCGCGUUCUGAAUUGUUGGAGAACUUGACGGAACACAUUAACUAUCUUGAUAUUUCCCAUGUCGGCCUCGUCCCGAGCCUUAUAGAUGCAACGAUGUCUACCGUUAAACGAGACGAAGCGGAGAAUGCAAUGAAGUUGAGGUAUAUUGCUAGCGGUGGCGAAAAGAUCAGUGAUUCGAUUCUUGACAAAUGGGGAGAGCAUCCCAAGGUCAGGUUAGCUAACUUCUAUGGACCAAGUGAGGUGACUAUCGGCUGUUCUGCACGAUUUGUGGAUAGCAGCACACCGACAGGCAACAUCGGACGGCCUUUUGCGAACGUUUCGUCGUAUGUCGUUGACAAAGACUUGAACAUUCUCCCACGAGGGGCAGUGGGAGAGCUUGUUGUCGCUGGGCCGCUCGUCGGGCGUGGAUACCACCGUUUGCCAGACCUCACUGCAAAGUCCUUCAUGGAAUGGCCGCGCGCGGGCUCGUGGGCCUACCGUACUGGUGAUCUCGUGCGGAUGUUGCCGGAUGGAACGCUAGAUAUCAUAGGAAGGAUCGAUGCACAAAUCAAAUUACGUGGGGUACGAAUUGAAACAGCAGGCAUUGCAGCCGUACUGCGCCAGGCCGCUCAAAACUGGUCUGGGACAAUCCUCACUUCACAUCCAUCGAUUGCAAGCGGCAACACCGCGCAGCUGGUUAGUUUUGUUGCAUGGGAUUAUCAAGUGCCCAUUACAACCCGUCGCACUGUCAAGCCUUAUGUCAUAUCUUUCCCAGAGGGCUUGCUGGAGGCACUACGUGCUGGUUGUGAGAAGGAGCUGGCGAGCUAUAUGCGCCCUGCUCAUAUCAUACCACUCAGCUGCACUGCCGAUCACUUGCCUGCACCUGGAAUCGUGGAGAAGCUAGUUUCUCUGUUAUCGGGACGAUUAAAGAUACAUCCCAGUCUUUUCGACAUACACGCGAACCUCUUCGGUUAUGGCAUGGACUCCUUGUCCCUGGCACAAUUUGCUUCCGAUCUUAAAAGAAUGUUUGAUGCUUCAGUCUCAGUGGCCGAUAUUAUGCGGAACCCUUCCAUCGCCGGGACGUCCGCACUAAUCAAAUCAACUUCUCUGAAUGCUGCCCGAAGUUUCGGGUACAUCAAAAGGUUUUCCGAGGACUGGCUUCCAUUGAUCGAGAAGGUUAUUCCACCGUCCCGAGUUGAACGCGUCCUGCCUCCGUUGCCCAUUCAGGAAGGCGUUCUAUACCAUUCUGACUCAGUUCCAACGUCGUGCGUGCAACAUGUCAUCAUGAAGAUAUCUGAUGCGGUGCCAAAUUCUCGACUCCGGGAUGCCUGGGAAGCAACCAUGCACAAGUUAGAAAUUUUGAGGACAGUGUUCUUCUUUGGUAGUCAGCUUGUCCAGGUUGUCUUGCGGCCUGACGAGUGUAUACUCCCGUGGUCGGAGAAGCCCCCUUCAGUAGAUGACGACGAUACCUUUUGCACGAUAUUCCUUGCCGAUGAAGCCUCAUCUCUAGCUGAGGACAUAAACCGAUCGUCCGAAGCCUUACCGUUGUUUCGUUUGACUGCGUACCUUCAACAAGACAAUCGAAGGUUGGUGCUAAGCAUCCAUCAUUCCCUGUUUGACGGUAUAUCGUUACCGGUGAUGUUGAAGUUUGUGGAAGACAAGGUCAUUCACAGGUCUUCUAAGUUCGUCUGCAGCUUGGACGAAUUGCUAGAAAUCAUGCAUCAUUCUGAAACUUCCACUGCUCGUGAUUUUUGGACUGGGUGGUUUAAGAGUUUCGAGUGGUCCACCUAUCAGCUGAAGGAGAUUCAUCCAUCCGCUCGGCCACAACGGAAGGAAGUCCCCAUCGCGAAGUCACUUUCUACUAUCCAGGAGCUUGUCACCUCGCACAAGGUUACCUUACAAGCGGUGCUGACGUAUGCGUUCGCUAUCCUCUUGUCCCAACAUGUCCAGUACCGAGACGAUAUUGUCUUCGGUGUCAUUCGAUCGGGGAGGUUACUUCCAGUUGACGGAAUAGAAAGCGCUCCGUACCCCACGUUGACUGUGCUCCCAACUCGGAUUCGCCUCAGUUCAGAAAACUGUCUUCGACGUAUUCAGGAAGACAUAUCAGCAGCAGUAGCCUUUGAACAUGUCCCUCUUUCCAAGGUCCAGAAUUGGAUUAGACCCGGAUAUUCAUUGAUCGACACUCUGUUCGCCGUCACCGUGAAGGACGAAACAAAUUUCAAAGCAUGGCAUGUAUUACACAGCGAUCUGUUACGACCAGACUUUCCGCUAUCAGUCGAAGUCUUGCUCGAUGGAAAGAAGGAUGCUCUGGUCAUACGAGCAGCGUACUACGAGUGCAACAACCUUCCAUCGGCGGUUGAACGUAUACUCGCCAAGUUCGAAACUGCUCUUCUCGACAUUCUCGAGCACGGCUUUACUACUUCGCUUCCGGUUGCAAUCCAAGGAGACCCGAAGAGAUACACAGAACCUGCACACUGGGUUACUAAGGACCCUGUCCAGGAGGAGGAUGUUAAUGGUACUCUGGACCUGCAGCCACUCAACAUGGCAGUAUCCGAAUUCCUACGAGUCUCACCAGAGCAUUUACUGCCUACUACAUCACUUAUCUCCGCAGGCCUGGACUCGAUUAGGGCUGUUGGUCUAUCCAGGUUCCUACGACAACGUGGCUACACCGUGACUGCAGCCGACAUAUUGAGACGCCCCACACUGCGGCAACUUAGUGUCUUCGCAGAUCCCUCCCGUAGUGUACAGCACGAGACGGGUGACGGCAGCAAGGAAUUUCUCCACCGAGAGCUGGAGAGGCUCCAGGAAUAUGUUGAUCCACCCGCUUACAAAUUGUGUGUAGAAGACGAGGUCUCCUUGUUUCCCACAACUGAACUUCAGGCGGGAAUGUUGUCCCAGACUCUCGCCACAUCAGGUCAACUGUACUUCCAUACGUUUGUGAUGACCCUAGAACCGCAAAUAGAUUUGGGUCGCCUGCGGACUGCAUGGAACCACGUGGUACAAAAUCUUAGUAUUCUUCGUACCACAUUUCAUUACCUGUCCAGUGCGAAGACCUGGAUACAGGCUUGUCACACUGCCGCAUCAUGUGAUUGGGCGGUAUGCAACAAUCCGGCCGCAGAGUCCCUACAGGAUAGUAUCAUAACGCUUGUAGAAAAUUUGAAGGCGACCGAUGAUUCCGCGUUUACCGUGCCUCCAGUGUACCUUCGCCUAAUCCAAGGGGAGGAUGGAACACAUCUCGUUUUGCUGAUGCAUCAUGCGCUGUAUGAUGGUCUAUCAGUUACCAAUCUCUUGGAGGUUGUCGAGCAGGUGUACCUGACACAGUCUGUUCCGGUCUCUGUGCAGUUUUUUGAUCUGCUACCUCGCAUCUUGCUGGAGCAGCAUCUCGCGAAUGCAUAUUGGGUGCAAAGGCUGCGUCACUAUCGCCCAGUUCGUUUGCCUACCUGUGUACUCCAGAGAUCUUCUGAGGCGGUCGUUUCGUCUCGAGUGGUGUCUUUCAGUCGACAGAAGACACAACAGGUCUUAUCUGAUGCUGGCGCCACCUUGCAAUGCGUUGGACAGGCUGUGUGGGCAAAAUUCGUGGCCAAAUUAUCAUCAUCGCGGGAUAUCGUCUUUGGUCACGUAGUGUCAGGGCGCUCCUUUGAUGGUGCCGAAGAUGUCAUAGGACCUAUGCUGACUACAGUACCUUUUCGCGUGGAGUUCGUUGCCGGGAUGAGCAACCAAGAUCUUAUUCGACAGAUCCACCAAAAUAAUGUGGACGCACUUUCACGGCAGCAUGUAUCACUUCGUGUCAUUCGGGCGGAUAUGGGUUUCGAAAACCUGUUCCAAAGCCUGUUUCUCUUCCAGCCAAAUUUUUCGCUCCAUCACAACAAGAUCUGGAAGAUGCAUGCCUCUGAAGAGUUCGGUGCACAUGUUCAGUAUCCUUUAAAUGUGGAGUUUUAUGAACUGGAAGACGGUCUGUCGGUUAAAAUGGCUUGCCUUCAAACCGUCAUGGAUCGCCAGAAGAUCGACACCGCAAUGGAGGAACUGCAAGAGAUGUUGAACGAGAUGAUAAACCAUCCAGAGCAUAUGGCCAUCUGUGAUAGUGACAUAACCACUGCCGUUCACGAGGACGUCAGUGAUGUCAUGCCUACCGGGUUGUCUUCCCCCAUUUCACCCGAAUUUGCGAGUAUUCUGUCCUCUAUUACCGGAUGCCCAAUGGAGGAUUUCGAUCCCUCUCUGUCCCUCACAGCCAUUGGGAUCGACUCGAUAACUGCUAUAGCCCUUGGCGCGAAGUGCAGAGAGGUCGGUCUGAGAGUAACAGUGGCCGAUAUAGUCUCUAGCAAGUGCAUCGGAGACCUUGUUUCCAAGAGUAGAACUGCUUUGGCAACGGCUGAGAUGGAUACGACUGUCGAUGGCACUAGGCCCACAGAGGUCUCCCCGGAAGAAUAUGCGAUGGUGGUCAACAGAUUCCCAGUCGCAAUACAGCCGCGGAUUGCCUCGGUUACCCACGCGACGGAAGGCAUGAAAUGGCUUAUAGGGGCGUGGCAGAACAGUGGCCACAGUCGGUUCCAACACGUUUUCGCGUAUGAGGUCAAACCUACUGUCGCCUCCCAGGACGUUUGCAAGGGGUGGGAAGCCUUGGUCACAUACCACCCGAUUCUCCGAUCAACGUUCGCCUGCACGCCAGGAGGUACGGAGCCUCGAAUAGUGACGUUCUCUGAAGACAUAAAGAUACCUUUAGAAGAGGAGAGAGUAGAAGAGAUGGCUGACAGUGACCUGCAAUCGCACAUCGAGAACAGGAUGAGAGGGAUUGUCUCGUCACCAAUGGCACCGACCGCCCCCCAGACAAGGGGGAUCCUCGUUUUGUCCGACCACGGCACUUACUUGCUCCUCCUGGAUGCAUCACUUCCAAUACGAUGCUUUCAUAUCUCUGAUAUGACUGCGUUUCUACGCUCUUUCAACGCAUCGGCGAGCUGUCUUUCUGAGCAAAAGGCCUAUUGGAAAUCCGCAAUACCCUCAUUGGUCAUUCCGAGUUACUUUCCCUCUCUGGUCACCCAGGAAAAUCAUAAAUCAUCACAAAGGACGAUUGUAACCGCAAGAGCGGCUGUCGCGGGGGCGAAAGUGUUGGAACGUAAAGCCCAAGCCCUUGACUUAACAUUGAGCGCUAUCCUCUUGGCGUGUUGGGCAACUGUGCAAUCCAUCUAUACUUCCCGCAAACCAGUCAUCUUUGGACUCUGGCAUGCAGGCCGCACAGGCUCGGUCCAAGGGGUGGAAAAACUUGCCUUCCCGUGUAUGAACGUCUUACCAGUGUGUGUCGACCCUCUGGAUGACUUGGUACAAGGCGCACGUUGCUUGCAGGAAGACCUUCACCGACGAACAGCCAUCGUUCAGCAAACCAGACUUGAAGACGUUGACACUUGGGUGACUCAAGGAAGACGAUUUCCAUUAACAAACGUCUUCGUCAAUGUCUUCAGGACGUCCCAGGGGCCUACGGAUAAUGAGGUCUUUAGAGCCGUUCAGGUGGAUUACAGUGUGCCGGAAGCGGUGGCCCUGGCCGACGAAUCAGUCAUCGAAGAGCUACCCAUAGCACAGCUAAUCAAGGACGACCUAAUGAUUGACAUUGUAAUCGACGAGAAGCUGGACGCUAUAACAAUGUCUGUCGAGAGUGCACCUGCACUUCUGGAUAAUGAUCAUGCUAUGGAAGUAAUCAAGACAUGGUCGGCGACGGUGGAGAGACUUCUGUAAUUAGAGUGAAUAACACGCAAUCAAAAUGUAUGAACAUGUACCGACAAUAAAGUUGAGAGUCUGU